AUGACCAAGUCGCGAGACGUCAACAGGGAGGCCGUCCUGCGACGGCUGCGCGCACGCCUCGAUCGCCGGUCCCGGGGCGCGGACGCUGAAGCCGAUGCCCAGCUCCGUGCCCAAGUGGGCUUCUACGUCCGCCUGCGCGCUGCGCUCUUCGCCAACAGCGGCUCCACGAACAUGGACGCCGUGGACGCCGUCGCCGUCGCCGUCUUGGCCGACGACACGCUCUUUCCCGUCGAGCUACUAGAGACUGUGACCCUGCUGCCGCUGCCCGACUCGCUGCACGUCGUCGCUGCGCCCCCGCAUGACCUGUUCACCGACCCGCGCCGCAGGCACGCUCACGACGCCGACGACGAGGAGGAUGCCCCCGAGGGAGACGGCGCGGAGGAGUACGAAUUCCCGCUACCCGCCAAGUGUCCAGCCACCAUCCGUCGCGACAUCUCCAAGGUCAUCAAGCAGGCGGGCACCCAGGGCAAGACUCCUCCGCGCAUGGCGUACCCGUGGACCGGUCAGCGUGCCUGGUAUGACCCUCAGGAGCACCCUGCGCUACACGUGGCGUACUGGCGCUUCUGGAUGCACUGGCGCGACGUCUUCUUCGCCUGCGCGCUGUACGCGCCCUCUGACGAGUGCACGGCCCGCCGCAAGAAGAAGUCGAACGCCGGCCAGGCACGGCUCGCCUUCAUCAGCCUGAACAUCAAUGCCACCCAUGACAACCUCAUGUGGCUAGGCGGCAAGGCUGCUCGGCGCUCGGUGGCCGCGAAGGCGAACUCGAAGGGUAAGUCGUAUGCGACGGCGGCGACGGACCUCGCCACGCUGUUCCGCAACGACCGUGGCCGCUACGACGCCAUCAUCGCCCGUGCCCUUGAUCCGUACCGUGUGGACGAGGACGGAUACCAGUCCAUCUCCGACCUCCUCGAGCAGACGGACGCGCUGAACCCGACCAAGCCAGCGCACCUUCGCCUCAGCGACGAAGCCCCCACCCGCGUCGUCAUCGACGUCACCGGCGGCAGCCCGCCCAACCCGUCGUGGGUCGGCAACAAGAGCGCCGGCACCUGGAAGGUUCUGCUGGGGGACGCUCGCAUCCGAGCCCUCGCCAAGAAGAUCAAGCCGCUCGUGAAGAAGGGCAAGCAACUGUUCCCUGCCCAGAAGGCGUACGACGAGGACAAGGAGCAGCGCGACGACUACUCGGACUUCGAGGACGACGAAGACAUGUUCACGGUGCUGCCUCCGACGCCAGAUCUCGAGGAGGAAGACGACGGCGAGCCCGACGAAUUGGACGAGCAUCUGCCCGAGACCGAGGCCGACCAAGAUCAGGAUGACGACGAAGAGCAGGACGACCACGAGGCCGACGAAGACCGCAUUUCGGGCGCCAACGACCCCACGGACGACGACAAGAAGAGCAGCGCCGGUGACGAGGGCGAUGACACCUCGUCCAAGAAGAGUGCCGCUCCUCCGGCUUCUCCCAAGUCCAAGUGA